AUGGAAGAGCGAAUUGAUCAAAACAGCCGUGAUUCGACUGAGGGAGAGAGCGUGUCCCUCUCCCCGAAUCUACCAUCUCCUCCAAUUUUGCCCCACCAGGCAGCACAGCAAGUACAUAGAACCACAAACUUUUUUAUUGACAAUAUUCUGCGGCCAGACUUCGGCUGCAAGAAGGAGCUUGGGAGUCGGGAGCGGGCGCAGACCUCCGGCAGAGAAAACGUCAACCCCUUGGUAAUCAGGCCAUCUCACGCGAGCAGCCUUUGCCAGGAUUCCAACUGCAGUAGUGACAGUACUUCUUCUUCGUCGUCCUCGCCGUCUUCGAAACAGAGCUCGACAACACAAGGUGAAGGGAAUGGGACUACCACAACGAGAUAUGGAGACACCGCGUCAAUAGUGGUUGUGAAUGCCAGUAAUGGAGGAUCUCCACCCGCUAAAGAAUCUACGCCGAUGUUAUGGCCUGCGUGGGUUUACUGCACGAGAUAUUCGGAUCGACCAUCAUCUGGCCCAAGGACACGGAAAUUGAAAAAGAAGAAAAAUGAGAAAGAAGACAAGCGACCCAGAACCGCGUUUACAGCUGAACAACUGCAGAGACUUAAGUCCGAGUUUCAGGCAAAUCGCUACAUAACAGAACAACGGAGACAGUCACUGGCCACAGAACUGAAUCUCAAUGAAUCCCAAAUAAAAAUUUGGUUUCAGAAUAAGAGGGCAAAAAUCAAAAAGGGGAAUGGCUACAAGAACGGCCUGGCUCUCCAACUCAUGGCCCAAGGACUGUACAACCAUUCCACAACCACGGUCCAAGAGGAGAAGGAUGAUAGCGAGUAA